AUGCGACAGUCUCUCAUACUAUUGGGUGUUGCUUUGGCUUUUUUGACUUUUGUAGAAAGCGGUGUUUUGAGAAAUCAUGAAUUUGAAAAAUGGACCAGUGCAAGUGGCAACGAAAAUGCUCCACCGCCGCCAAAAUACAAGAUGUUGAGAUACGCUAAGAAAGCAGUAAAUGAGCCUGAGAAUCGUAAAAUGUCAUGUUUCUUCUGUACAUUUGCUGUUGAUGGAGUUCAAGCUCUCAUUGCACAAAACUCAACGGAUGAUGAAGUUGCAGCUUUCCUUGUAAACCUCUGCGAUCUAUUUGAUGUCGAGCAGCCACAUGUUUGUAAGAACAUUAUCUACGCGUUCAAAGAUGAGGUUGUGUUUGUUCUCGAAAGAUCUGUGUUCACACCGGAAGAAAUCUGUGGAGCGUUCAUUGCUAACUGCGGACACUCUGACAAACCAUUGACACAUAUGUGGAAUAUCACUAUUCCGGGCGGAAAACCUCCAAUCCGUCCAUGGCCAAAAAUUCCAGACAACAAGCCAACAUUUAAAGUGCUUCACUUGUCUGAUAUCCAUAUUGAUCAUCAGUACGUAGUUGGAACUGAAGCCUAUUGUCAAUUAGACAGUGCACUCGGAACAUAUGCAAUGUGUUGUAGAGACUAUAGUCAGGACAGCGCAGGAAAGCCAACUAAUCUCAAAGACAAACCCAUCUACGUACCCGCCGGUCCUUGGGGAAUGCCUUAUUUGUGUGAUUUACCUUACCAGACAUUCGACUCGGCAAUGAGGCACAUAAGCAAAACAUUCAAAGACCUCGAUUACAUCAUCAUCACCGGUGACUUUGAAGCGCAUGAUUCAUGGGAUUACACCGAAGAUUUGACCCGCGAGAAUAUGAACAAUAUGACUAACGUAUUCCUGGAGUAUUUUCCAAAUGUUCCUGUCUACGUUUCUAUUGGAAAUCAUGAAGGAGUGCCACAAGAUGCCAUGGCUCCACACACAAUGCCAGAAUACGACCAGAGAGGACCACAAUGGUUGUACAAGAUUAUGUCGGACAUGUGGUCUCAUUGGAUUCCAAAAGAAGCUCUAGACACUGUUCAAUACCGCGCAAGUUACGCUGUCUACCCGAAACCUGGAUUGAAACUCAUUUCUCUCAACACGAUCUACUGUUCUGAAUUCAACUUGUAA